GUAGUCCAUGCAGAAGGAAGACAUUUCUUCCUUCUUUCCUCCAUAAAUACUCUCUCCCACCUGCCGCCCACCUCUCACUCCUCCUCCAUUGCUCCCCGAUCUCCACCACGUUUCCAAUUUAAUGAAUUCCAUCUCCAUGCAAUUUCCAUAUUCGCCGCCCUCAAUUUCGUGCAUGCACUGAGAUUCUUCGAUUUCCACUUCGGAUACCUAAUUUUUUGAGGUAUUUUGCUGCCAUGGCGUCCGCUUUGUUGAAAUUUCUACUUUUAGCAGCUUUUCUGUGUGGUGCCAGUGCUCGGCGGUACGAUUCCGGCGAUACGACGUUGAGCUUGAAGGUUCCGGCGUCGGAAUUUGUAGAUUCGGUCAGAAUGACGAUUGGCAUAAUGCGAGACGUCAUCUCCAUGGUGUCUCAAUACGCCGGCGUUUUCGGUGAUUUCCGCCUGAGUAAUGCCGUUUCCGAUUGCCUCGAUUUGAUGGACCUUUCGAUCGACCAGUUGAGCUGGACUCUCUCCGUCUCGCAGAAUCCCAAGGGUAGAGAUAAUAGCACAGGAAAUGUUGGUGCCGACAUGAAAACAUGGCUGAGCGGAGCACUGAUAAAUCAGGACACUUGCAAAGAAGGUUUCGAUGGAACACACAGCUUCGUAGAAGGCCUAAUUUCCGGCAGCCUGGAACAGGUCACAACAUUAGUCUACCAAAUCCUUUCCAACAUUAGGCCUAAUUCCGGAAACAAUCCGGCGAAAGGUCCCCCUGCCGGCGGUGGCAGGGGGCGCUCAGGCGGCCGGAAACUUGGUGCAGGUGAUCAUGAGUUCCCUGAAUGGGUGAAAUCAGGGGACAGGAAGCUCUUGCAGGCGGCGAAUGGCGCCAUGGCUGAUGCCGUUGUCGCCUUGGAUGGAUCGGGGAAUUUCUCGACUAUAAAAGAUGCUGUUCUUGCAGCUCCUGAGUAUAGCAGCAGACGAUACGUUAUUUACAUCAAAAGAGGGGUUUAUAAGGAAUAUGUGGAGAUUAGUAAGAAGAAAUGGAAUAUAAUGAUGAUCGGGGACGGAGUGGAUGCUACGGUUAUUUCUGGUAAUCGUAAUUUUGUCGAUGGCUGGACGACAUAUCGAUCAGCUACAUUUGCUGUUAAAGGUCAGGGAUUCAUAGCCCGAGACAUAACCUUCGAGAACACUUCGGGCCCGGAGAAGCACCAGGCGGUCGCCUUCCGGUCGGACUCCGAUCUCUCUGUCGUCUACCGAUGCGCCAUCACCGGUUUCCAGGACACCCUCUAUGCGCAUUCCCAACGUCAAUUCUACCGCGAAUGCCGCAUCGCCGGCACCGUCGACUUCAUCUUCGGCGAUGGCACCGUCGUCUUCCAAAACUGCGACAUCCGGGCCCGGAAAGGCCUUCCGAACCAGAAAAACACCAUCACAGCACAGGGCCGGAAAGAGCCCGUCGAGAACACGGGCUUCUCAAUCCAAUUUUGCAACAUCACGGCCGAGCCCGAUGUCCCCGUCAACUCCACGGCGACCUACCUCGGCCGGCCGUGGAAAAAGUACUCCCGAACGGUGAUCAUGCAGUCGUACAUUGGCGACGCCGUCCGGCCGGAGGGGUGGCUCGAGUGGAACGGCAACUUUGCGCUCGACACCCUGUUUUACGGCGAGUAUAUGAACUAUGGGCCGGGCUCGGGCGUCGGGGCCCGGGUGAAGUGGCCGGGGUACCGCGUGCUUAAUAGCUCCGGCGAGGCGAAUAGCUUCACGGUGAGCCAGUUCAUUAUCGGAAACACGUGGCUGCCGUCAACCGGAGUUAGGUAUACGGCGGGCCUGGCGGUUUGAGCCCGGUAAAAAUUUCGGGCUUGGCAGGCCCGAUUGUGAUACAUUAAUUUAUUUAUAUAUAAUUUUUAUAUAUAUGUAUGUGCGUGUGUAGUUGGAAAAUUUCCACUUAAUGUGUUUGUUUUUUUGAUUUUGGAUAGUAACUUCUGGUAGUUAAUUGAUUUAUGUUUCCUAUUUUAAUUUUAAUUUUCUAAUAGAAAUAAGAUUUUGUUUA